ACCUGAUUCAAUAUGGCGGACAACAACUCGUGGGUUCCGCUUGUCCAGAUUUUGGAACGGCUUUUCCCAAAUUUAACGCCACAAAUCGUACCUGCUGCACACAACGCCAAAGCGGUAAGAUAAAAGUUUUGUUACCAUUCGAAAGGUGUCCAAAUUGAUGUUUAUGAACUUGGAUCUGUUUACGAAAACAGUCUAACCACGCGUCUAACUGUCGACCACUUAUUUCGCUCUGGUCUGUGAGCCUAAGACUGCCCUUAAACAGCUUUUAAAUCAGUUAGUUUGUGGUUCUUUAGUCUGUAGGUGCUCCGCUAAAUAACUGUGAUUCGUUCUGUUUAUCACACAUGUGGCUUUGUGCACGAGUAACGGCAAUUCAUCGCUGACAAUUUUAGCUGCGGGAGGAAUCUACCUUGUUGCAUACGACUUUGAAAUAGUGAUACACCUAUCUUUUGAUUUGUACUGUUAUUCAGUGACUGAGCUUCUAAACAGUUCUAAAUUGGUUCCUUCUAUACUUUUCAAAAAGGUUCUUCAAGCUAUUCAGUCAAGUUUGAACAGCAAAGAAAUUGAUACACUGACACAGGUAACAGAGUAAGUAAGAUUUUCGAACAACCCUAUUCAUUAAUAUGCCAACAUGGUUCGACUUUAUUCAUAUGAACUAUUUGUGUGAGAUAGUAUGAAACUGCUGCAAACAUAAUAAAUGUACGAGGUUGUAAGGAAAUUGUAUUGAUAACAGUAGACUACAGAACAGUCCUUAUUUUUGUGUAGUCUAGUACGCACGAACAGUCACACGUGUGGCUGAAAUCAGAGAGCAAGACUGGGAGAGACGCUCUUACUUCUCAUGCCUCAAAUACUUAUGGGCAUGUAACGCUUUGCCAACGUGAUAGUCUGACUCUACACUAGCGCAUUGCACCGUGAAAAAGCAAUUUUCAGAAAAAAACCCGCUGUUUUGCAGUCUACUGUAACAUUGACUGAGCAAAUAAGUACAAGGGUGAUGUCAACCUCUCUUGUAAUCCUCCCAGAUCCCAAUAUUAACUAUUCCCUCUACUCGACACCCUACCCAUGGAAAACACAAAUCUAUGGUCAUUUUUGCAUUGUUGCACUUUACUUUCUUUUCUAACAUCCACUUGUUUACUUCAAAGUUGUCGUGAGUGAUUUUUCUCAUCCUGCCGAACAGAAAAGCAAAUAGGGGUGAAGUACUGGUGAAAGAACUCAAAAUUUAUCAUGCGACAAGCACCUACAAUUGCUGAGAAAAUUGUUGAGACAUUGUAUUCAAAUAGGGUAACAUCAGAGAACAAAAGAAUCUACACCCCACCCCUGUCCCCUCCAUUCAAAGUUGGAGUGUUUGUUGUUUUCUAAAGGUAGCUCGAACAGUGGCACAACAUUUUAUGGAGGGGAUGGAGGGCGGGGAGCUAUUUUUUCCCCUCUUGAAGUCAGGAAAACGUCAAAAAGCUCCUUUAGGACGAAGUGUCUCAACUCAUUUUGUCAGCAAUUGUAACUAUAGCUGAUUGCACUAAUAACAGUUUCACAGUUGGUGGCAUGAGCAAAGCCAUUAGAAGUGUUUGAGUAUUUGUUUUGUAACAUUAAUUUAGUUGAUAAAAAAAUUUAUUUGUUAUUUCUAUCAGAUUCAUUGUAAGUGGUGUGGACGAGUAGUUUGCUAUGACAGUAACCCACUUGAGAAAUCAAAAGUAAGUUUUUCACAAUAGAAUAGACGCUUAGUAGAGGUUUCCUUAUAUAUAAUUUCUUUUUACCAUUAUCAUUACUCUGUCUUGAAGUCCAACCCCUUACCCUGUUAUAUACCAUUUUUGAUGGAAAAGGAACCUGUUUUGUAUUUGUUACAGGUCCAAAAAAAAAAUUCAGGUACAUUUUUUCAAGCUACAAUCGGCAACAAAAUUGUUGAGACAUUGUACUAAAUAGGGUAAUUUCGGAGAACAAAAGAAUCUGCACCCGUUCCCCUGUCCCCUCCAUUCAAAGUUGGGCUGUUUGUUGUUUUCUACAGGUAGCUAGAACAAGGGCACAACAUUGCACGGAGGGGAUGGGGGAGGAAAGCUAUAUUUCCCCCUUUUGAAGUUAAUAAAACGUAAAAAAGCCCAGUUUUGGGCGAAGUGUCUCAACUCAUUUUGUCGCCGAUUGUAGGCUGAUUCUCAUUUCCCUUUGUCUGCUAGCCCUUAUUUAUGGAUAAUUAGGGCUAGUAGACAAAGGAAUUUGUGAAUCAUCGUAGGUUAAAAAAUUUUAACCUGGAUUUAAUUUUGACCUGUAACAUAUACCUUCUAUUGACAAAUGGUACCCCUUUCACAUACCUAGUUAAGAACUGUUUAUCCCUUUUAACUGCUGUAAAGGCAAUUUCUUUAAAGGGAACCUCCACUUCAACAAAAAGAUAACUUUAAAUCACAGGAAAUAACUGUUACAGUCAAGUCAAUCUAAAAUAUUUUUCAAGAAAGCGUUUGUAUCCGAAAGAAAUAACUUUUAGAUUCGCCUUUUUUUGUUUUCAAAUUUUGCGGACGUCGCCAUCUUGAAUAAUUAUGACGUGUAAUGGUUGCCCUAUUGUUAUUAAACAAAAGCUCUUUGUGUCAGAACAAUGGAGCAACCGUAACACGUCACAAUUAUUCAAGAUGGCGGCACCCGCGAAAUUUGAAAGUGAAAAUAAGCGAUUUUAAAAUUGACUUUUCCUGAUAUAAACACUUUUUUUAAGACAAAUUUCGAACAAAUUUGUUUAUCAACAUAAUUUUAUUCGAUUUAAACUUAUUCUGUAGUAAGAGUGGAGGUUCCCUUUAAAAUAUGAAUGAAUCACAAAAGCAGAACAUUUUCUUGACCUUUUCAUGACCAUAAAAUGAAUCUGUUAGCCCAUUUGGGCCUUUGUACCAACCAAAAUGACAGAUUUCCCGACCCUUUCAUAUACUUUGAUCAACAAGUAAAAUCCCUACCCUUUCAUAUACCUAAACCCUUAAGAAGGUUCCCAUUUCAGACAGCUUCCCCGUAUAGGCCAUCAUAGGAAGUUUUCUCCCCCUGGGAAUGGAGGCUGAUCUGUCAUUCUUGCACACGUGCAUGUUGGAUAUGAGUUGGCUAUAAUCAUCUCAUAUCCAACAAGCGCAAGUUUUAUUAAAAACACUCACAAAGUAUCGAAAAUUCUUCCCGCCUUUUUUUGAAAAAACAAACAAUUUUCAGCUUGUUGUUAACUUCGAGCAGACGCAUACAGUUACCAUAUUUGGGGAGCAUGGUAUAAUGACUUUUAUUUUAAAAAAACUGAAUCAUUGGAUAAUGCAAUUCUAGCAUUUUGAUUUACUUAGCCGUUAUGGUAUAUGAGCUAUUAUACCAUGCUCUCCAUAUAUGGUCGGUGUACGCGUCAGUUUAAAAUUGGAAGCUAGCUGAGAUUUUUUUUUCGCGAAGGAUAGAACGGCGCCCGAAGGAAGUCGUUUUAAUUCAUUUCUUAGAAUACUAGAAAUGCAAUUUCAUUGAAAGAAAAAAGACAAAAACAAACAAGAAAGCCAAAAGAGCUUGUUUGAAAGUUUGUCGAAAAACACAUGAAAACACAUGGAACUAAAGUACCUUGACCAGCUACGAAAGAAGACAAGUGUUGUUUCUUCGUGAUCGCGAAGCCAUUCGCCAAUCGGGUCACUCGCCGAUAGAUAACUGCGGCUUGUUUAUCCGACAUCAAGAAUAUACAUCACAAGUAACCAGCUACAAAUACAGGCUAUGAAGCCAUUCACUAGAGCAAUCGAGGCGGCAGUAUAGCUUCUUUUCUCGUUCAGCAAAACCAGCUUGUGGCUUCAAACAACUUCAUAACAAGUGAUGGAGGUAAUAGUUUUUCUCCGUUGUUCUUGCUUUUAUAACUGCACCGAAAAUCCAAAUUCACAGUAAUUUCGACGGUUGUCACUUAAAAAUUCUUUUCCUUCACAUUAUCUGCCAGGUUUUUUCAGCUGUUCUGCUGUGUAAAAUCCUAGAAUCCCGAUGAGUUUUUAAAAAACUAAUGUUCAUCGCUACAAUGUUUUGAUUUUUCAUUCAUGCAGUCCAGAUUUGAUAGAUGUGUGACAUGUGAAUAGUGGAAGUCCCUUGUCUUUUCCGGUUUGUUGUAGUCGGGGAGAUUCAACGAGAUUUUGUGAGCAUUUUUAAUAAAACAAUUAUUCCACUCACGCUUGUUGGAUAUGAGAUGAUUAUAGCCAACUUGGCGCUACGCGCCUCGUUGGCUUUCUAUCAUCUCAUAUCCAAUGCGCCCUCGUGGAAUAAUUGUUAAAUAUACUAUUAUGGCUAAGCCAAUCAGAGCUCCAGAAUUGCAUUAUCCAAUGAUUCAGUUUUUAAUAAGAUGUAAUAGAGACAAGUAAACUCAUAUUGUAUUUGUGUCAAUCAGGUUGCCAUAGAAAGGAUUUUAGCAUGGGAUCUUGACUGGUCAAAAAAGGUGCUGAAGAUCAAGGGAGUACAGGUCAGCUUGAUGAUAAACAUAGAUAAUAAUUACAGUCAAAGCUCUCCUAUAGGUGACCGCCUUGGAGAUUCAAAAAAGUGGUCAUAACUAGAGCUGCUUGCUGACAAAAAUGAGCUCUUGUAAGUGACCACAUGGUGAAACAAUAGAGGGUGGUUCUUUCAAAGGGAUUCAGAAACUUAUUAAAAAUUCAUCACAAAAAAAACAAAGAAAUGAAUGUUUAAUGAGUGUCUUUACAUCUGAACUUUAUUGAACUUUUCCAAAUACAAUACUGCACUGUACAACAUCUUUACCAAGGAACCAUUAGGGCAGUGUGCAGUUUCAUUAAACUAUUGAUUUAUUUGAAUGUGACUCUGAGUGCUCGCUUAUAAGGGCUUAAAAAAUAAAGGAAAAGUCCAUUUGGUUAUUUCCAAAAGUCGUCAUGGUUGCUUACGAGAGGAGUCCCUUACCAGAGCUUUUGAUGACAACCAGGUGUCUUACAACCAGAGGUCUUCCAACCAGGACUCCUACAACCAGGACUCUUACGACCAGGGGUCUUACAACCAGGACUCUAACAACCAGGGGUCUUACAACCAGGACUCUUACAACCAGAGGUCUUACAGCCAGAAGUCUUACAACUAGGGGUCUUCCAACCAGGGGUCUUACAACAAGGACUCUUACACUCAGGGGUCUUACAACUAGGGGUCUUGCAACCAGGACUCUUACAACCAGGACUCUUACAACCAGGGGCCUUACAACCAGGGGUCGUACAACCAGGGGUCUUACAACCAGGACUCUUACAACCAGGGGUCUUACAACCAGGGGUCUUACAACCAGGACUCUUACAACCAGGAGUCUUACAACUAGGACUGUUACAACCAGGGGUCUUACAACCAGGACUCUUACAACCAGGGGUCUUACAACCAGGACUCUUACAGCCAGGGGUCUUACAACCAGGACUCUUACAACCAGGGGUCUUACAACCAGGGGUCUUACAAGCAGGACUCUUACAACUAGGACUCUUACAACCAGGGAUGUUACAACCAGGGGUCUUAAAACCAGGACUCUUACAGCCAGGACUCUUACUAUCACAACUCUCACAACCAGGGGUCUUACAACCAGGGCGCUUACAACCAGGGGUCUUACAACAAGGACUCUUACAACCAGGACUCUUACAACCAGGGGUCUUACAAGAAGGACUCUUACAACCAGGACACUAAUAACCAGGACUCUUACAACCAGGGGUCUUACAACCAGGACUCUUACAAUCAGGACUCUUACAACCAGGACUCUUACAACCAGGGGUCUUACAACUAGGGGUCUUACAUCUAGGGGUCUGACAACCAGGACUCCUACAACCAGGGGUCUUACAACCAGGACUCUUACAACCAGGGGUCUUACAACCAGGGGUCUUACAAGCAGGACUCUUACAACCAGGAGUCUUACAAUCAGGACUCUUACAACCAGGAGUGUUACAACUAGGGGUCUUACAACCAGGGGUCUUACAACCAGGACUAUUACAACCAGAACUGUUACAACCAGGGCGCUUACAACCAGGGGUCUUACAACAAGGACUCUUUCAACCAGGGGUCUUACAAGAAGGACUCUUACAACCAGGACACUAAUAACCAGGACUCUUACAACCAGGGGUCUUACAACCAGGACUCUUACAACCAGGACUCUUACAACCAGGGGUCUUACAACUAGGGGUCUUACAUCUAGGGGUCUUACAACCAGGACUCUUACAACCAGGGGUCUUAAAACUUGGGGUCUUAUAACCAGGCCUAUUACAACCACGGGUCUUACAACCAGGACUCUUACAACCAGGGGUCUUACAAUCAGGACUCUUACAACCAGGAGUGUUACAACCAGGGGUCUUACAACCAGGGGUCUUACAACCAGGACUGUUACAACCAGGACUGUUACAACCAGGGGUCUUACAACGAGGACUCUUACAACCAGGGGUCUUACAACCAGGACUCUUACAACCAGGGGUCUUACAACCAGGACUCUUACAACCAGGGGUCUUACCAGCAGGAGUCUUACAACCAGGGGUCUUACAACAAGGACUCUUACAACCAAGGGUCUUACAACUAGGGGUCUUACAACCAGGACUCUUACAACCAGGGGUCUUACAACUAGGGGUCUUACAACCAGGACUCUUACAACCAUGACUCUUACAACCAGGGGUCUUACAACCAGGGGUCUUACAACCAGGACUCUUACAACCAGGGGUCUUACAACCAGGACUCUUAGAACCAGGGGUCUUACAAUCAGGACUCUUACAACCAGGGGUCUUACAACCAGGACUCUUACAAGCAGGACUCUUACAAGCAGGACUCUUACAACCAAGGGUCUUACAACCAGGACUCUUAUAACCGGGACUCUCACAAGAAGGACUCUUACAACCAGGACUCUUACAAGCAGGGGUCUUACAACCAGGACUCUUACAACCACGGGUCUUACAACCAGGGGUCUUACAACCAGGGCUCUUACAACCAGGGGUCUUACAACCAGGACUCUUACAACCAGGGGUCUUACAACCAGGGGUCUUGCAACAAGGACUCUUACAACUAGGACUCUUACAACCAGGGGUCUUACAAGAAGGACUCUUACAACCAGGACAGUAAUAACCAGGACUCUUACAACCAGGGGUCUUACAACCAGGGGUCUUACAUCUAUGAGUCUUACAACCAGGAGUCUUACAAACAGGGGUCUUACAACUAGGGGUCUUAUAACCAGGCCUCUUACAACCAGGGGUCUUACAAUCAGGACUCUUACAAUCAGGACUGUUGCAACCAGGACUCUUACAACCAGGGGUCUUACAACAAGGACUCUUACAACCAUGGGUCUUACAACCAGGGGUCUUACCACCAGGGGUCUUACCACCAGGGGUGUUACAAUCAGGACUCUUAAAAGCAGGGGUGUUAGAACCAGGGGUCUUACAACCAGAACUCUGACAUCCAGGGGUCUUACAACUGUUACUCUUACGACCAUGGGUCUUACAGUCAGAGCUUUUACAACCAGCACUGUUAUAAGCAGGGGUCUUACAACCACUGGUCUUUAAAUGAGGACUUUUACAAUCAGGACUCUUACAACCAGGACUCUUACUACCAGGGGACUUAGAACCGGGGUUCUUAUAACCAGGGGACUUACAAGCAGGACUCUUACAGCUUGCGAUCUUACAAUCAGGAUUCAUACAACCAGGGGUCUUUCAAUUGAGGUUCUUACAAGCAGGACUCUUACAACCAGGGAUCUUACAACCAAGGGUCUUUCAACCACGACUCUUACAAGUGGCGGUCUUACAACCAGGACUGUUACAACCAGGGGUCUUACAACAAGGGGUCUUAGAACCUGGGGUCUUACAACUAGGUCUCUAACAACCAGGGUCCUUACAAGCGGUCGCAAUAAUGGCUUUGAGUGUAUUGUUUAUGUAAUAUUCAUUCUAUUGUUAUGGGUUCAGCUAAUGUGGGUGGUAGAGGUUUGAAUUGCGCUCAUUAGUGUUGAUUAGCAUACGAAGUUCUGAAGUGCUGGUCAACAAGUUUGUCUUGGCAAUUUGUGACUCGCUUCUCCCCAAUUCCGUUGCCCCUAAAGAGAAAAGUUGCUUCUUGCACCCAGGUUAGAUGCCAGUUUACAGCCGACCAGAAUUUUGUUAAUUUUUUUAUUAUGCAGAUUUGCUGUCAAGAAUGCCACUUGUUGUUGGAUCUUAAGAAACUUCUUAAUUUUCUUGAGACGUUAGAUGGCUCUACUGACAUCACCAAGGUAAUUAACAGGCAUUAAACAACUGACUAUUCUUCUUUUGGAUCAAAAUCCCCUUUUCCUUUUACGCGUACUUGUUUACAGUCUUUGUGCCUAGAAUAUAAUUAUUUGUUUAGUCUCCUGUUUACUUCACCGAAGAUGGAUUAAAUUUUCUACUUAAUCUGCCAAUCAACCUGACUGAUCAGUGGAAGUAAAAAUGUAAAGUGUGUUAUUUUUUUUACUUCAGAGGUUUUAUAUUAUUGUAAAGUGCAGUGAGUAAUCCCCCUUGCACAGUGGAACCUCAAUUUAAUAUGGUGCCGAGGGACUGGGGAAAUAUAUAUCGAGGUUUCGCUAUUUUGAACACCCCGAUUUAAUGAAUUUUCAAAAAAACAACCAAAAUGGUCGUUAUCUCUAGGUAUAGUUAAUAUAUAAUUUACAACACCCAGCAUUCCCGGAUAUCUGAACAAUUACUGUAAUAACAUUUGUUCUUUAACGCCUAUGUCUCAAAAGCGAGCUGGAAAUAGCUAUGGCACUAGAAACUCAAGAACAUAAAUUUCAUCCGUGUUGUUCUGUUUGGCAUUCAUUUUUUAUCACAUGUUGACAUUUAUUUGUUACAUUAAUCAAUCAAUCAUUUAUUUUAACACGUUACGUCGAGGAGCUAAAAAACUCAUUCUAUAAUAAUUACAGCUAUAUAAUUCAUAAUAUUAUUCUAUUUUAAAAACAACGCAAUAAAUAUUUAAAACCUUACGAUAGCGCAUCUGGAUUGUGUUCGUUAUAAUGAGGAUUUCGUUUAAUCGAGGCUCUGUUCCACACGUUUUACUGUCAUUUUGGUCGGGCUGAAGAAAGUCGUUCGUUAUACCGAGGACUUUGUUACAUAGACGUUCGUUAAAUCGAGGUUCCACUGUACUUGGACUGGUACUCAACCCAAAACUCUCACUGAUGGGAGGUCAUACUUGACUGGAGUCAUUUUGGUACCUUUGAUAGGUGGUCCCUCAGAGGAAGGGGUCACAUAACUACAUGCUAUUUUUUUAUUAGUAAAAUCCAACUAGUGAUCUAUUACCAAUGCUGCGUUUUGAUUGGUUGAGCUACUACUAGGCUAUAUGUUUUAGCCCCCUAGUAGUGAAAAUCGCGGGCUUUUUGGCGGCAAAAAAGGGCUGAAGACUAGCUUUAACUAGCUAAAUUUUUUUAUUCUCGAUAUAUUUGACCAACUACUUAGAUUUUACUAAAACAAUUAUUAUUUUCGCCCUCAUGGCCUCUGAGUCAGAGCCCAUUCUGACUCAAGGAAUAAUUGUUAUAAAGAUAGAUUUAGAAAGUACUGAGGUAUUCUCGAGCCUCAUUCCUGAAUGUAAAUGCUUGUUACCCAUUGGAAUGAAAUUUUUACUAACAAAGAAAAUUAUUUUCACAUACUGCUAUGAAUGUCUCUCUCUUACACCAAUUUGCAGUUGUGACUUGGUGUAAUAACAGGAAUCGAUCAUACAUGCAAAACGUUAUUGGUCUUGGCUACACAUACCAGAUGAAAUUAAUACGAUGACAUACAGAGUGGAUGCGAAAAUUUUAUCAUACUUGUAAACUGAAACAGACAGUAGAGAUCUGUAUCAAAAGUUAAUGAGAACUAACUGAAGAGGUGUUUCUGACAGUAGUGACUAAAUGAUUUGUAUAAGGGUUUGCAGAGGUAAAUAUGUGACUCAAAUACAAUCUUUUUAUUGGUCAUACUUUGAAUGAAUAGUGAAUGAAAAGAUCUUAUUCACGAUACCCGCUACGCUUUUAUCACUUGUUUACCUCCUCAGAAACCAUGUGAUAUCACUUUCGUGGAAAAUUGACAGAAAACAUGUACUGCAUACAGCUUAGCAUAACUUUUUGUUCCUUUCUUUCUACUUAUAGCUUUAUUCUCUUGCCUCACACUUCUGUCAAAUAAAUGGACACACUUCACAAUCAGGAGAAGCUGACGUCAAGUUACUUCAACAAGCUGUUUCUAUCACCCACUCUCUUCAUGUGCUAACAAAGUAGGUGUUGUUGUCUCUCUAAAGCCAGAGCCAUGGUUAAACAGUGGCUCAAAAUGCACCUAUAGUUACUGUAUCCCUCUCUAAUCAGCCUUGCCCUCCCCUUUUAGGAGAAGAAGAUUAUUAUCCCUCUCCCCUCCCUUGUAACCUGUGGUCUUACAGCUGUACAAUCAAACUAACGCACGGAAGGGUGUAUUGAUAAGAUUGGUUGGUAAUGACACUGUUAUGUGCCCUGCCCAAAGCGCUAAAGUAGUCAGUCGUUCCUGACAUCCAAAACAGGAAUCAGGGUUCUUUGUUAUCCUUAAUUUUCUGACAGUGCUUCAUUUUGCCUAAGUAAACAUGCCUAACCCCCCCCCCCCCCACCCCCAUCCAACUGUGCUCAAACAGAGCAGGUAUGUCAUUGAAAUCUUUGAGAGGAAAAUAAUCCCUGAAAAAUGUUUUUGAUCCCAAAGAAUGGAAAGAGAUGAUAAUAAAUGUUUAACCACCACACCAGUAGGAACUCUGUACUGCUCAGAUAAUAAAAUUAUAUUUUUUUAAAUUCUCAUCGGCGCUUCUACGUUGAACUUCUCAAGUCUUUCUAAUUUUUAAGUAACCAAAGAACUAUUAAAAAUGGAACGAAACGAAAUUUGUGGAACAGAUGAACCAGGUUUUCUGUUUUAUAAAAUGUAUUAUAUGUGAUGUUAUUAGUGAUAUCGGUAAGUGUGUUAACUCGAUCAAACACAUGAGGGCCUCGUGUAAAAAAAACUUCGAUUAUUUGCGAUGUUAUUAGAGAUGUUGUGGGCCACGUGCAUCAACUCUAUCAAACACGGGAGAGACUUAGGGCCUGAGCGUCAGGGCGAUAUAGUGCUCUUGUUUGGGCCAAUUGUAAGGUGGGUAUUUUUUUGUUCAUUUCAUUACGCUCUAUGUAUAGUAUUCCUUCUUACCACUGGUGUACAAUGCUCUUUUCUUCACUUUAAUCCUCACAGAAUUGUUCCUGACAUAACAGUCCAGGGAGUCAGUGGGGAAAACGUUACUUUGGAAUCAGUAGAUGAAGUGGUUGAAAGUGUAUGUGGACAGCUUCCUGGCUCUGUACAAAAAUAUACGCCUAAGGUUAAAAGAAAGAAAAAGAAAGAAAAAAGCUUUACAGAGGAUACAGAGCUCACUCCAGACUCGUCUACUUUGUCAGUAAAAAAAUUCAAAAGCACAUCAAAGAAGAAGAAAAAGAAACAGACUUUUGAUUCUCUGACGAACGGACAGAGUAAUGGCGACCAGGAAGAAGCUGAGGUAAGUUGUGAAGUAAGAUUUUCAUCUCCGGCGUUACCUAGGCAGUUCAUUAUGUUAUGAAAGUGAUAGUUCCCCGUUGUCGAUCGGGGCCGGUGAUUUUCUCCUUGCUUUCGAUUAAUCUUGAUGGCCUUAUUUUAUUCCGUGGGUGUAUACGGGUUGUAUAUUCGGUCACAACCCCCCCACUCAUCCAAUUUUGUAAACUGAUUAGUGGUCCACGAGGUUGGUGUCGAAACACUCCUUGCUAAUACGUGACUCUACCUCCUACAUUUAAGAAUACUGACCAUCAGUAGCAAGUCUUUACAAGUCAUUUGAUUGCUCAAAGCAAUGGCUCACUAUACAUGUAGCAUUGUAUCCGCUGCGAAUAGUAUUUAUGUUGUGAAUGAGGGGGCAAGGGAUGGCGAGUGGUGAGAACACUCGCCUCCCACCAAUGUGGUGCGGUUUCAUGUCGACCCGACGCCAUGUGUGGGUUGAGUUUGUUAUUGGUUCUCUCCAUUGCUCCAUGAGGCUUUUUCCGGGCUCUUCCGGGUUUCCCCUCUCCUUAAAACUACGGUAAAAUCUUCGAGUACUAUGAGUCGCGACCAGCUUUUAAUUUCACCCUGAGCACAUUCAUACGACUUUUCUUGUAGGAGCCGACAAGAAAACGUCUUAUUUUAUCAGAGAAGAGGAAAAAAAGAGCUGAUGGAAAAACGCGUGUACACGGGAAAAAGAGGCGGUCCCUACCUGCCAUGAAACUUGAUUGACAAGUUUUGGUGGCAUGAAGUCGUUAGUUAAGAGAGGAAGAUGAAAUAAUUUUGGUAACAGAAAACACGAGAAGAAGUCACACAGACUUCUUACAAAGCUCUUAUUUUUUUCUUAAAUUCCUCGCCAGUCCACCAAAAAUGAAAUCCUGUAUUGUGAUCUAUGCCCUUAACGGCUGCAAGGGAUUAGAAAAUGGAGCGUGUUAAACCAGCUACGAGAAGAUGAUAGGGAGGAGUUUAGGUAGAAGUGAACCAAUGAUGACAAUUAACGUACUCGUCUCGACUCCCUGCUGUAGAAGAGUCCACCAGUCUAAUCAAUACUUCCUUACACGCUGUUGUUCCUUUGAAUGGUAAAUGUUGAACACGAGAGUUUGUCUUUUCGUAAACGGCGAUCAAGUUAUUACCCAGAGAAAUGAUUGGAAAGGAGCUAGAUCCGUAGCCUUUUUCUCUGCGCGUUAUUUUUCCGAUUGGUUGCGAAAUGCCCCAAACGAAUGUUCGUGAGAACUGUUCUGUUUACGUCUUUCAUCCGGCAAAGUUUACACCAAAAGAUAUUUUUCCGGAACGUACAUGUUUCCCGAUCGAUUAUUUAGGGUAUUUGGAAUCGCAGGCCUGUGCACACAUAAAUAAUCCGAGAACUUACAUUCGGAUACAUAGUAUUUACUUUUAAAGAUUGCUAAAUCAAAAUCUCAGGACAUCCAGCCAGACCGAGACGUUUCUAUUUCGGAUUCACGCAUCUGCGUGUAAACGGCCAAAUGAGUCUCGUAUCAGAAUGUUCCGGGUUUGUCAUGAAUCCGGAUGAAUACCGUCUAGUGUAAACCUAGCCUUAAUAAAUCGUAUAACACCCAUAUGCUUUGCAGGGAGCUCUUUUCAGUUCUAGCUAGAAACUUACAUUUCAAAAAUGACAACUGUUCUAGCAAUAAAUGUUCAGUUUAUUUGAAAAAAGAAAACACGAAGAGAAUGCGCAAAAAGCUUGGUGACAAAAAAACCCUUUCUUGAAUACACAACCUAA